AUGAAGGAGGAACAAGAAACAUCAGGCAUGACACUAGCUGCCAUCAGUGUGUCUAGGAAGCUACCGGACUUCUGGGUAGAUAUGCUGCGCUUAUGGUUCUCUCAAUUUGAGGCGGUCAUGGCUCCGCAAAAACAAGGAGAGGAAUCAAAGUUCAAUAUGGUCAUCUCUAAGCUGACGAAGGACGCUAUCCAGCAAGUAAGCGACCUGGUUACGUCACCGCCAGCGAAUAACAAGUACGCAGCGUUGAAAGAACGUUUGUUACAAGUGUACGAGGAAAGUGCUGAACGACAGUUCCAGAAGCUAGUUUUAGAGCUAGAGCUUAGUUCCCAGAAACCUACUCACCUACUUCGCAGGAUGAGAGACUUAGGCCGCACGACGCAAGUGUCGGACAUUACGUUGAAGAGCCUAUGGAUGUCCAGGAUGCCAACCUCUGUACGUGCAGUUAUCACCGUGUGCCAGGAUCAGUCACUGGAUAGUUUAGCUGCCAUAGCGGACAAGAUACUCGAAAACAGCAAGUCUUUCGAGAUUGCAGCCGUAACCGACGGCACGGCAAUAACGUCUCAGGGAGCGUUGACGGAACUGGCUAAUCAGAUGAGUAAACUAAUGUUGGAAGUAGCAUCACUGCGUAAUGAGGUGCAAUCGUUCAAAAGGCGAGGAAGUUCAAGGAGCAGAAGCCUAUAUUCAAACAGGAAUAGGUCUAGUUCGAGGAAGAGUAAAGCACCUGGAGACCCAAAUUGGCUAUGCAGGUUCCACUAUCGAUUCAGGAAGAACGCGAAACGCUGCGAGCAACCAUGUGCUUGGCGUGAAAAGGAAGCGGAAAACUAA